AUGGCGUUGCUCGGCCUCCUGGGACUAAGUUUUCAACGGAACAAUCUAAAUGACUACGUGAGUGCGACCUCAAGGAUGGCUUCGACGAUAGAGUCUUCUCCAGCAAGACAAGAAGACAAGGGUGUUGACUACCAACCUUCGAAGAUUGAGCAGUACAUCAUUUCACACAUGGCUGCACUGGGAUUAGAUAAGAAAGCACCCGAACUCGUCUCAACCUGUCAUUUGUGGAACCAACAUAAUUCUACACCAUAUCACAAGGAAAUGCAUGAAUUUGUGGCCAAUCUCGAAGAAUACUACAAGAGGAUUAACGAGUUCUCGAUGAAUGUAACAGAUCUGCGACAGCAUUUCGACAACAGCCGCAAUGAUAUUUGCGACACUCUCGAGCUCCACAAAGAGGGACUUCCAGCUCUCUUUCCCAACAAUAAGCUAUCUUAUACCAGGGCUGGUUGGGUGGAACCCCUGUUGCCACCGCAAAGACAUCCUAAUUGGUGUAUCGACGGGACACAAAACAGUUUGGCAAGCAUUGAAUACCUCAUUCAUGACUUUGGCCAAAUGUGCCGCCAACUAAAACCAAACUCUCGGACAGUCUUGUUUGACAUGGGGGCUAGCCUUAUGUUUAGCACAAAGUGGCCUUCACCCGUUUUGGCUCUCGUUGCUUUGUUUCGCAAGUUCGGCAUCCCCUUUGAUCAUAUCUAUGCCUACGAAAUGACAAAACAGGACCCCCAGAAGGUUUUUGAAAUGGUCCCAGACCACAUGAGUGCUGCGUAUCACUGGAUCAAUGUUGGAGUGGACCCCGAUCCACAAAGCAAAAACAAUCCUUUCAACCUGCUCCUGGAUAAUUUUAACGAGGACGAUCUUGUCAUUGUCAAACUUGACAUUGACACGCCGUGGAUUGAGCAAAAGCUGGCUCAUCAGCUACUCGCCGAUGACCGACUCUUGCGUAUUAUUGAUCAUUUCUACUUUGAGCACCAUGUGAACCAAAAGGAACUGGCCCCGUAUUGGGGAAGAAUGGGAGAGACUGUGGAGGAAUCCUUGACGCUCUUUCAGGAGCUCCGUAAGAAAGGAGUGGCAAGUCACUUCUGGACCUAG